CGCCGGUUGCCAUAGCGGCCGCGCCGCUGGCCAUGGCGGCCGGGGAGGAGGACGACGUGGAGUGGGUGGUGGACACCAUCGCCGGCUUCCUGCGGGGGCCCGCCUGGUCCAUCCCCAUCCUGGAGUUCAUGGAGCACAACUGCGAGGUUUUUGAUGAUGAAGAAGAAAGCAAGUUGUCUUACACAGAAAUUUAUCAGGAGUACCAAGCUCUGGUGGAGAGAUUACUAGAGGACUACCUUAAAGAAGUUGGAAUUAAUGAGGAGAAAUUUCAAGAAGCUUUUUCUUCUCCUCUUGCAAAGACCCACACCUCCCAGGCCAUUCUGCAAACAGUGUUGGCUGCAGAAGAUUUUAGACUAUUUAAAAAAAUGAUGGUACAGAAAAAUGUUGAAAUGCAACUGCAAGCAAUUCGAAUCAUCAAAGAAAGAAAUGGUGUAUUGCCUGAGUGUUUGACAGAGGGUUCUGAUGUAUUCAGUGAAAUUGAACAGGAAGAAAUGAAAAUACUCAGGGAGGUUUUAAGAAAAUCUAAGGAAGAGUAUGAAAUAGAGCAAGAGAGAAAGAGGACUGAAGAAGCACAUGCUAAACUCAAAGCUCCAGAUGUUACCCAGCAUUUCCCAGGAGAUUCAAGAGAAGCUGUAAAAGUUAAGGAAUCCACUGAGGGAGCUGAGGAUGCUGAAGAAAGUCCAAAAUGCCCAUUAGAGGGAUCUCAUAAACCUACAAAAGAAGACCCCAAACCAGUACAAAAAGGAACUGAAAACUUACCUCAGCCCUCUUGUACCAAGGGGAAAGAAGACACUAAGAAAAGGUCUGCUGGGAAAGGUUCAGAGAACACAGUGCAAAAAGCUGGGGUGAAAGGACCUGAUUUAUCAGAAACUGAAAAGCAGCAGCUGAAGCAACGUGAGGAUUACCUAAAGAAAAAACGAGACCUGCUGCUGGCUACGAAGAAAGAGUCAAAAAAUAAUGCACCAGCACCCAACACUGAUCAGAAAGAGGAGGAAUCCCCUCCCAAAGAGGAAAUGUCAGAAGAGAAGCAAAGGCUGCUCCAGAAGAGGAAGAUGCUUGCAGAAAAGCUAAAAGAAGAAGUAAUUAAUAAGCGGUAGUUUUAAGAGGCUCAUUGCUGACCCCAAGAACAGAAGGAUGUUUUAGAAUAAAUUAUCAGUAAGUGAGGGAUUUCCAAUCUUGCACUGGGAUUUAUAGAACUUUCAGACAAGCAGCUCAGUACCUGGUAACUCCCUAUUGCAAAUGCCACUGAAACACACCAUGAACACUCGUUUUCCAGAGUGCUGGAAAGUCCCUGACUGUCCCACAGCGAGGCCGUGCCAGCACUGCAGAGCACGGCCCCGCUCCAGCCCUGAGAGCAGAGGCACCGCUGGAGAGCUGGGAAAGGAAUUCCUGUGGCAACAGCUCCGAGCUCAACGUUGGAACUUUUUCAUGUCAACAGUGCAGAAGGUGGUUCCUUCCAUUAGCCCAUCAUAAACCAAUGGCUCUUUUUCAGCUGUGCAGUAAUAAAGUCUGGUUUCACAA